AUGCUUCAAUUUUUUGGAUUAAAUUUAAAGGUUGGAAAGUCAUUAAGAAGAACAUUUCCUUUGAUCGAUGCUAAAUCAGGAAGUAUUGAACUUAUUCUUGAAGCCAUCCCAAGUCAACCAUUUAAUGAUAUUGCCACAAAUCAAAAUAGAGCAAUUUCUGAAUUACAUGACAAUGCAUUCAUGACAGUUGGUCCUGUAAUUGGUACAGUUACAAGUAGAAGUGCAAGAAUUUUGGUCGAGUGUUCGAAACCUAUUCAUUUAAACAUGGAAGUUUUUGGAGUUUGUGAGAGAAGUCAUUUCAGUGUUGAGGAUUCGUUUUUCAAGAAGAAAUCUAACAGUGCUCAUUCGAAAGUAUUGAAUAAUUCACUCAUGAAAAUGAAGAAACAAGGCAUUUGUUUCCAAAAAACAGUUUCCAUUGAAAAAUCGAAUAUUCCUUUCGUAUUUCAGUUAGAUGGAUUGAAACCUGACACUGUUUAUAGAGUUGAGUUUACUAACAUUUGUAAUAGUGAAACUCGUGUUGGAAUUAUCAAGACAAUGAUUGAUGAAGAAAAAUUAGCUCAAAUUCCAGAUUCAUCUCACAAGUUGACCAUUAAUUGUGUGAGUUGCAAUUUUAUUGAAAAGAGAGAACCUGAAAAAGAUACUUGGGAAAGAAUGAAUGAACAAAUUGAUAACACAGAUGUUCUUCUUCAUAUUGGAGAUCAAAUAUAUGCUGAUUAUGGACAUAAUGCAUUUGAUGAAGCAGUGAAAAUUUGCAAUUCAAGAAAUAAGGUUAGUGAAGAGGAAGAAGAACUCAUUAAGGAAGAGUUCAGAAAGUAUCACAGAUUCAAUUGGAAUCAUAUUGCAACUAGAAAUAUUUUGAGUCAAGUCAGUAAUCAAAUGAUUCUUGAUGAUCAUGAAAUUAGAGAUGAUUGGGGAUCUAAUUUGGAAGAUCAAACUCCAGGCAGUAUUCCUUAUUACAUUGGUUCAUUGGCUAGAGAAGUUUAUUGGGAAUAUCAAAGAAGUUUGAGAUGUGACGUUUCUAAUAAGGAAGAACUAUUCAAAAAGCAUGAAGCAUAUUAUAAUAUCAUUGGAGAUACUGGAAUUUUAGUGUUGGAUUUGAGAGCAGCUAGAA